CGCCUGACGAGAAAGGUGGGGUCAAUAUCCAACUCGCCAUGAGCACUCGCAGCGGCCGCAGCGUGACCAAGGUCGAACGAUUCGACCCCACCGACAAGAAGCGCAGCGUUGAUCAAUCGAGCGAGGAAGACGACGAGCCCAAGGUGACAAAGAAGACCAAAAAAUCCGCUGUCGCGGCCAAGAAGGGCCCAAAGCGAAAGUUGUCCAAGAAGAACGCGGACGGCACGCCCAAGCAAAAGCGCCCGCUGACUGCAUAUUUCCUCUUUAUGGCAGAAGAACGCCCGAUCGUGAUCAAGGAACAACCUAGCUUGGGCGCGAAGGAAGUGAUCUCGGAAUUAGGUGCGCGGUGGAAAGCCCUCCCGGACAACAAGAAGCAAAAGUUCGUCGCGGCCGCUGCCAAGGCCAAGGCAGAGUAUGAUGCCAAGAAGGUAACGUCGGACAAGCCGAAGAAGACGAAGAAGUAAUUCAUCAGUGUAGCGUUGGCAGCGUUUUGUGUGACUUAUCCAAUUUCCUUCGUAUUAAUAACCAUCCCCCCGUCAUUGUACCAUAACA